AUGGAGGAGGUGAUGGAGGAGGUGAUGAAGGAGGUGAUGGAGGAGGUGAUAGAGGAGGUGAUGGAGGAGGUGAUGAAGGAGGUGAUGGAGGAGGUGAUAGAGGAGGUGAUGGAGGAGGUGCUGGAGGAGGUGAUGAGGAGUGACAGUCAGAACGUCUCACUCAGAUGUGAAGUCUUCUGCAAACAGCAGCGUUUGGUGAACGUUUGGGAGACCGGGUCAAACGCAGUCAGUCAGGGUGAGGCCCGGGUCAAACGCAGUCAGUCAGGGUGA